AUGGCUGGUCCGCGCAUCGCCCAGUCCUCGACGCUGAUAAGCACCUACGCCCAGCAACAAGAGGAGGACAACAUGUUCAGGCAGCAAGACCGCUCCCCUGCAGUCUACAUGAGGGUGCCGUUCUCCACUAGGCCCAAGAAGGUCGCGAGCUCCGUGACCGACAGCUUUGAUCAUCCUGCAACGUCCAAGCCCCCACCAAUCGGUGGCAAGAUCCUCGGUCGCCCUGUCAAUCGACCGGCGGCCACAGAGUCGUCAAUGUCCCGCACAUCAUCCGCGACGUCGACGUUAGCUUCGUUGACGCGUUUUCAUUCGCGUCAGGCCAAUCAGUCGACACCCAGCAACAGCUCCGUCCGAGAGAAGAACAACGACGACUUGGAUUUCGGCAACAGCACGUCGCUGAAUCUACCGUCUAUCGGAAACAGCGAGCGGCCGAAACUCACACCGUCGACGAGCUCUGCGGCUUCUAGCAACAUUGUGACGUCACAGGCGACCACAACGUCGAUUCCAUACCCGGCACGUGUCAGUAGUGGCAGAACAUCAUCCAGGAAUGAGAUGGCAAGAAAGAGACAUCCUCGAGGACUUGUGGGUCUUCAGAACCUCGGCAACACUUGCUUCAUGAAUAGUUGUUUGCAGUGUGUGAGCAACCUCCCGGCGCUUGUCAAGUAUUUCCAUCCUGGCCUCUAUGCGCGUGAAAUAAACGACACGAGUCCUACGAAGGGUGCUCUUGCCACUGCCUUUGGUGACCUCAUCAAGGCCUUGAGGACAGGAGACAAGUUCACUGCCACUCGGCCAGUUGAGCUGAAGCGUGUGAUUGGCAAAAUUGCGUCUCGGUAUACAGGGUACGACCAGCAGGACGCGCAGGAGUUUUUGCGUUUCUUGCUUGACGGUCUGCACGAAGAUCUCAAUCGUGUUAGAAGGAAACCGGCGUAUUACGAGAUCAAAGACCGACCGGAGGCCAAGGACAGAGAUGUGUCGGACGAGUACUGGAAGUUCUACCUCGAGCGGAACGCCAGCACCUUGUCGGAGCUUUUCUGUGGCCAGUUGCGGUCCGAGAUUCGCUGUGAAACUUGCAAUCACCGGUCGCUGUGUUUUGAUGUUUUUUGGGAUUUAUCUUUGCCUGUACCCAAAAAAAUCGGCAAAAAUAGUACCAUGCGGAUAUCCAGUGGGUUUUUCUCUGGAGGUAGAACCGCGUCGGCUUCAGGAGAUACAGCAAGUGCCAUGUCCAUUCACGACUGUCUUAAGGCGUACACAGAGCAGGAGUUCCUCGGCGACGACGCAGCCUACUACUGCCAAAAGUGUAAGACACAUCGGUCGGUGGCUAAGAAGAUCUCGGUGUAUCGACUGCCGAACGUCUUGGUGCUUCACCUUAAGCGCUUCUCCUACUCGACUUUCAGUCGAGACAAAGUGAGCACAAGCAUCAGCUUUCCGGCACAAAGUCUCGACAUUGCCGAGUACUGUGCCAGCGACGCUGUUGUCGAUGGCAGCACACUUUACGAUCUUACGGGUAUCGUACAUCACAUGGGCUCGCUUAAUGGAGGCCACUACACGGCUGAGUGUCUUAACGCAGACACGCAGGAGUGGUUUGACUUCAAUGACGGCUCUGUGACGGCUAUCAAGAAGCCCGAACUCUACAGCUCCAGCGCCUACAUGCUCUUCUACCAACGACGAGAAGAAAAGUCCCUUACCAUUUGA